CUUUGGUAGUGGCGAACGCGGUCUUUGGCUCGCGUAAAUGCUGAGGGUGAAGUCGCGUCUGCCCGAGGGCCCUAACCACGAAUGCUUUUUGCAGGAGGCAAAGAAUACACAGAUUCGUCUAUAUUAUUUGGUUCUUCAAACUUAUUCGAGCAGUCAGAAUUAGAGCCGUAUAUUUUCUCUGGUAGCUCAGCUUGUCUACAUAUUUCAGUGUUUGAAUUUCUAAGACCUCCAGCGACGAUUUGCUCCCUCCAUCGAGCUGGAAUCGGGGGAAAUGCAACAUGCCACCCAAGAAAAGUGAUGGGUUUAGAGCGGCCGCCGCAGCUGCCCCCGGAGCUACCCAAAUUAAUGCCGCAGAUACAGUUGCUAGUCCUUCAGCCAAAGACAAGGAUGGAAUGGGCAUUGAGGAUUUGAGCCUGCCACGCGCAAUGGUACAGCGGCUCGCGAAGAGCGUGUUGCCGGCCAAUACGCAAAUUCAGAAAGAUGCCGUGCUCGCCAUCUCAAAGAGCGCAACUGUGUUUGUGAAUUACUUGUCUUCAUAUGCCAACGAAGCUGCUCAACGAGCCAACAAGAAAACCAUCAUGCCAAACGACGUCUUUGAUGCCAUAAAGGAAAUCGAAUUUGAAGCCUUCCUUCCGCGUUUAGAAGCUGAACUUACAAAAUACAAUUCCAUACAAGUGGAAAAGCGAAAUAAGAACAAGCAAAAGAAAGACUCAGCGGCUGAGACUGGCCCUGAUGCUGAUGCCCAUGCAUCCCCUACUGAGACCGCGGCAAGAUCCAAGGGUUUUAAGGCAGCAAGAACAUCGACAUCUCCUUCUUCUGCCAAGAUUCCCAGAGAGGUUGAUGCAACCCAAAGCCAUUCCGGUCCGCCAGCAGCGAAGAAGGCGAAGACGGAGUCCGGAAAUGUUGCGGCAGAAGAGGAGGAAGAAGAUUUCGAGGAUGGCGAGGAUCAGGAACAGGAUGGCGAGGAUGACGAAGAAAAUGACGAAGAGGGGGAAGAAGAGGAGGAAGAUGAUGUAGAUGAAGAGGGAAAGGAUGAGGACAUGGAUCGAAAUCACAAAGACGAACAGGAAGAUGACGAUGAUGAUGAAGGUGACUUGAGCGAUUAAUCAAAUGACUAUUCUUGUUCAAAGUGCCAGUAGCAUUGCAAAUUCUGUUCAUUUCCUUUCCUUCCCGAUUUUUUUUUCUAUUCCCAUGCAUGCCAUUUCGUGUCUGUCUUUCUCUCGUUUUGAUAUAUACUGUGCCACCCACGGAGGUUUCGGUUAUCAUCGAUUUCAACGAGGUUUCUGGUAGCUUACGGAAUCCAACCCAAUACAACGCAUUUGCGCGGCCAUUACGGGAGAGUAUAUGGCAGACCCUCAUCGCACGCUCUCUAGACCCUUGUCCUGGUCAAUUUUACACCUCAUGUCGUUACUCUCUUUUAUCUGCCGACACACUUUCAAAAGCCUUCGGCUCGACGCUUACACCAUUUUACUUCUUCGCAAAUUCUACUUGUCAUGUAUUAGUUUCCAGUCAAAAGCUGACAGCCUAAUAGGCCUUUCACAAAUGCACAC